AUGGCUGAAGAAGUCAAGCAUCAUAACAUGGUGAAGGUCAUAGAUCAGUGUCAAGUUAGUCCUCCUUCAUCUUCUGUUCCUUCCACCUCCAUUCCUCUUUCUUUCCUUGACAUCCCUUGGCUUUCCUGCACUUUAAUAAAAAAGAUUUUCUUCUAUGAGUUCCCUUAUUCUACACAGCACUUCCUCCAAACAGUGGUUCCUAUUCUCAAACACUCUCUUUCACUCACUCUCCAACGCUUCUUCCCCUUGGCUGCUAAUGUGGCUUUCACUCGCAAACCCCACACUCCUCACAUACUCUACUCCGAAGGUGACUUUGUCUCCUUCACCGUCGCAGAAUCCACAGCAGAUUUCACCAGCCUCGUAGUAUCUGAUUCCCCAAGAGAUGUUAGAGAUGCUUAUCCACUUGUUCCCGUCCAUCCUUCAUCACGUACCUUAGAAGAUGGCACAUUGUUGCUACAAACCAUGGCCAUUCAGGUCACGGUUUUUGCCAACUCUGGAUUCAGCAUUUGCCUCAGUUUCAGACACGAAAUUGCGGAUGGUAGAGCUUUUGAUCAUUUCAUGAAAUUUUGGGCCACUGUUUGUAGGUCAAAAGGGGACUUCACUUCACUCGAAGGCUCUCUUCCUAUGCCGUUGCACAAAAGGGACAUAAUUGAAGAUCCAAAAGGGCUCAAGCCCAUUUUCUUGGAGACGAAGUGGAAUUUGCCACGGGAAAGCAUAGAACACACGAGCCUUGUCCAUGAUGCUCCUAGCGACGACAUGGUGCGUCAUAGAUUUAUAUUAAGCCGUAACCAACUUGAGAAACUAAAGAAAUGGAUCGCUUUCAAAUGUCAAAGUAUAGGUGUAGAGACAUUGCACUUAUCAACUUUCGUUGUGACAUGUUCUUUGGUUUGGGUUUGUAUUGUAAAAUCAGAAGACACCAACAUCGACAAUGUUCCCAAUAAUAAUGAUGAUUAUUAUUGCUGCUUGGGUUUUGCAGCAGAUUGCCGUAACUUUCCCGAGUUUUCAAUUCCAUCAUACUUUGGAAACUGCUUGAGCGCUGGCCUUGCGGCACUUAUGAGGAGUAAGCUAUUGGGAGAAAAUGGAAUUUUUGAGGCAGCGAGUGCUAUUGGAAACAAAGUUAGAGAUGUGCAGGGUGAUCCUAUGAAAGGGGUUGAAGCGUUUGGGUUAGCUAAGGAAAAAGUAGCGUUGAACGUGGAGCGUGUGUUUAAAAUCGCAGGAUCACCAAAGAUUUAUGCGUAUGAGACUGACUUUGGAUGGGGAAAGCCCAAGUUAUAUGAAAUUCUUCAUGCAGAUGAUGGUGAAACAAUCUGUCUUUCUGAUUGUAGGGACGAAGAAGGUGGCGUUGAAGUUGGGGUAGCAUUCAAAGGAAUUCAAAUGAAGAAAUUUAAUGCCAUCUUGGAAGACCAACUUAGAAAUAUUGCUAUUCCUUAUUCUGCCGUCAAUUCCGCAUGA